AUGGCAUAUAUCUACGUACCAAUAUUUAGAAAUGAUCGUCAUACUUCUGUUAGAUAUUUUUGGGCUCCGACAAUUAUUUACUUGAUUGAUUGGCUUUUGUAUUAUACAACUAUACAUCUUCGAUAUCCAAAAGAACAGACUGACAAAGCAAUUAGAUUGUCAUACAUUUUCUUUACCGAUCUGUUCUUGUCCUUCUUCUUUACCAUCUUAUUUAUUAUAUGUGCAGUAACUAUGGGAAAUGACUUUGAAAAUAUAUUCUUUAUUAUAUUAAUAAUCUUCUAUGGCUGUUACUCUUUAAUGUUGUCAUUAAUAUAUUUACGUAACAUGGAAGGAUCAUUUAAUUUUAAAUUGCCAACUUCAAUUAAAGUUAAUUUUAAAAUUAAUUUCAAAUCCGAAGAGGAAGAGAACAAAGUUAUUGGAGAAAAAUUGAAAGAAGGAGACGAAAAGAAGGAGGAAAAUGGAGUGGAGAACAAAUAA